CGGGCGUCGCCGGUUUUAAAUUUGGAAUGACAUUCGACCAAGCUCGAUUCCAUUUACGAAAAUUUUAAAAGGCAUACAAGGAGCCUGGACUUCUUUUUAAUUUAUAACUGGACAGUGCUUUGGCGCGCGUUUCGCCUUUUUUCUCAGCAAGCUCUGUUUUGAAUUAACGGCAUUGGCUCUCUUGUAGUUCCGUAGUGUUUUUUUAAUUUAAAUUAGCUGCUCUGAACUUUUGGUAAUUGGCCAUUGAAAGUGAACUUUAGUUUUUUGUAGAAACAAGCAAUUUUGAGAGCAAAAUGCUUCGGUAUUGGUUGUGUUUCGCUAGUGCGGUGUGUUUGGCGGGACACUGUGGUGCGAAUUACUGCCGGGACGCCAACCUGUGUUGUCCCGGGCGGGACAGUGCGUGUGUGGUGCAAAAAGCUCAUCAGAACGCGAUCAUAGAAGACCUGACGGACAAGCCUUGCUACUGUGACCAUGCUUGCUUGAAGUUGGGAGACUGCUGUCCCGAUUUUCGAGAGACGUGUGGAGUGAUCGACUGCGUCGUAUCCAGUUGGGGGGCCUGGUCUGACUGCGACACGUCCUGCGGUUCUGGUAGCAUGAUGAGGACCAGGCGGGUGGUCCAGUCACCAGCUAGGGGGGGCCGGCACUGCCCCUCUCUGGUGCAGAGGAGGGCCUGCCAGGAGCACCAGGGAUGCGCCGCGGAUAGUGAUGUGCCUAUGAAAGCGGAGACAGCCAUGAUCCUACCGGGAGAGCUGUCGGUGAGCCGGCACUCCAACGAGACGGUGGACAUCAGGAAGAACCUCCGCCUGAGGAACCCUGACGACCCGGAGUCCAACUCGCAUAGAGAAUACUGUGUCCAGUUCCAAGUUUCCAAGGUAUCCAAGGCUUGCCACACCGACUCCGAUUACAAAGCUCUGAGAGAAGGCAACACGGUCUGCGUACUCUGCGAGACGGCUGCCUUACGCCGGGAUCUGAACUGGCGAUGCGACGGCCACGGCGUGGCGGGCCACACGACUCGCUUCUUCGCGAUGGUAGCGCCACUCUGCCACGGCAAAUGGGUCCGGUCUGAGACCACCCCGGACAAACAUAGCGAGUGCUGCACAAAACCCGACUUCAUUUUCAUUUAA